UUUUUUUUCUCUCACUAUCUGUGCGUCUCAUGGAGCGGCGGCCGUGGCAUCACUUCUCAAACUAUAUACAUCAGACCAAUAAAGCCGUGGUAAUGCUCGUGGGAUUCAUUCAACUUUAAAAAAAAUUAUAUAUAUAUAUAUAAUUUAAUUAUUCAAUGAUCUUCACAGCGCUCGUCUGACCGUUGAUGCGUAAAUUCCGUGCGUAAAAGUACAAGUACUGACCACUGCUCUGCAGAUUGCCAGAGAGGCUUUUUUUCGACUUCAAACGAGAAUCAAGAGCUCCAUCACUGGGAGAGUGUUGGACACGGAGAGGUUUGAUGGAGUUGGUUUGGUGACAGCGACACCGGACUUUCAGUUUGGAUUGGCACCGCAGCAACACUUAAAUCUCCUGGACUUGUUGUUACUGCGUGGAUCCCGUAUCUGCGUGGGACCUUGACAGUUUUUGGAUCUCUUAAUUGUCACGGCUUUCACCGUCUAUAUGUCACAAGAGGGGCAUAAAAGUGAGCUGCAAUUCCCAGCAGGAGGAACUUUAUUUCCGAGAGCUCCCAGCACCGAAUCAGUGGAGUAUUCAUGAAGCAAUAUUUGAACUAUUACAAGAUGAGGCUGAGAACAUCGAGGUUAGGCUAUCUGUUACUUCAGUUCGCGGCGCUUUGCUUUUACGCACAGAACACUGUGCAGUCCCCUCCUAAUUUCAAGCACCACGUUACUGAGCAGAGCCGCCUGUCGGACCGCACGAGCCGCAGGUUGACCCGCACCUACCAGCUGUACAGCCGCACUAGCGGGAAGCACGUCCAGGUCCUGGCCAACAAGCGGGUCAACGCCAACGGGGACGACGGGGCGGUGCACGCUAAACUGGAGGUGGAGACGGACUCCUUUGGAAGUCGUGUUCGCAUCAAAGGGGUGAAGACGGGAUACUACAUAUGCAUGAACAAAAAGGGGAAGCUCAUCGGCAAGCGGAAAGGACGAGGCAAAGACUGCAUCUUCACCGAGAUCGUUCUGGAAAACAACUACACCGCGCUGCAGAACGCCAAGUACGGCGGCUGGUACAUGGCUUUCACACGCAAGGGCCGUCCGAGGAAGGCCUCCAAGACUAAGCAGCACCAGAGGGAGGCCCACUUCAUGAAGCGUCUACCCAGGGGGCACUUGCUGAGCGAGAGGAGACCGUUUGAUGUCCUUCCUCUCCGUGUCCCCACGCACCCUUUGAGCAAGCGGACUAAACAUUCCCAUCACCAGCGCUCGGGGGGCCGCUAAGCACUGGAAACCACUGAGGGAGAACUGUUGACGAACCAGCACAGAAGAACCACUACAAGGGUGUUGGGGUGUGGGGGGGGGGGAUGGGGGGGAUGGGGAAAAGCAAGCGCUCUCAGAGAAAUUAACUUUUACAGUCAAGUGCCCAUACACGUUUUGCCUCAUUUGUGUGUAAUUAUUUGUACUGGAUUGUAAUGUAACCAUUGAUUAUCUAAUCUGCUAGUUAUUUCCAAUUCAGACAAAUUGUAUAGGCUCAGCAACAAAGAAUGUUUAAAAUAGAAACGAGUACGAUGGAGCUAGACACGGCAGCUAUCUGUGGAUUUUCUUGUGGUUGCAGCAUCUGAGUCUCAGUUGACACGCGAUCCCGCCUUUAGGAAGGCCGUCCUGGAGAAUUUGUAACCGUUUUUCUUUUUCUUUUCUACAUAUAUAUAUUUUUACUGUAAAAAUGUAAAUGAAUGAUGGAAAUAUUUAUUGUAGAGUGUAUAUUAAAACCACUAAAGAAUCA